GGCGGUAGCGGUGCCAUGGCGGCGGCGGCGGCGGGCCCCGGCCCGGGAGGCCCCGCAGGUGCCGCCGGUGCCGCUCCGGUUCCCGGCGCCGCCCGCACGAAGAAGAAGCAGAAGCGGUUCGUGCCCCAGCGGGUGAAGCUGCCGCGCGCCGCCGACCCGCUGCUGGCGGUGCUGGCCUGGGGCGUCACCCACCAGAUCAACGAGCUGGCCCAGGUGCCCCUGCCCGUGAUGCUCCUCCCCGACGACUUCAAGGCCAGUUCCAAAAUCAAGGUCAACAACCACCUGUUCAACAGGGAGAACCUGCCCGGCCACUUCAAGUUCAAGGAGUACUGUCCCCAGGUGUUCCGCAACCUGCGUGAGAGGUUCGGCAUCGACGACCAGGACUAUCAGGUGUCCCUGGCCCGCACCCCCCCCCGUUGGUCCCACACCUCCCCCCGGUUGCUGCUCUCGGCCGAUGGGACGUUGGUGCUGAAGGAGCUCAGCAGUGAGGGCGUGGCUGAUGUGCACGGGCUGCUGGCACAGUACCACCAGCACGUGGUGCAGUGCCACGGGCAGACGCUGCUGCCGCAGUUCCUGGGCAUGUACCGGGUGAGUGUGGAGAGCGAGGACCGGUACCUGCUGGUCAUGAGGAACCUCUUCAGCCACCGCCUGGCCCUGCACAGGAAGUACGACCUCAAGGGCUCCCUCGUGGACAGAGAGGCCAGUGACAAGGAGAAGGGUAAGGAGCUGCCCACCCUGAAGGACGUGGAUUUCCUCAACAACAACGAGAAGGUUUUCGUGGGGGAGGAGCAGCAGCGGCUCUUCAUGGACAAACUGCGCAGGGACGUGGAGUUCCUGGUGCAGCAGAAGCUGAUGGGGUACAGUCUCCUGCUGGGCAUCCACGACCUGGAGCGGGGCGAGCAGGAGGAGGAGGAGGAGCUGGAGGAGGAGGAGCCCCCCGGGGGGGGCGACGAGGGGGGGUGGGGGCCCUACGGCACCUCCCCCGAGGGGCUGGGGGGGCUCCUCAACUCCUACAGACCCCCCGGGCCCGGAGAACUCGACCCCAGCGUGGACGUGUACGGGGUCAGGGGGGCCGACGGAGCCCCCCGCAGGGAGCUGUACUUCAUGGGGCUCAUCGAUGUGCUCACUCAGUACGACGCGCGCAGGAAGGCGGCUCACGCGGCCAAGACCGUCAAACACGGGGCAGGGGCCGAGAUCUCCACGGUGCACCCCGAGCAGUACGCCAAGCGCUUCCUCGACUUCAUCACCAACAUCUUCGCCUGAGGGGGGGCCCUGGACCCCCCCCCGGGAACCCCCCGGACCAACAACCCCCCCCGGCCGAGCCCACCCCCCCCGGCAGCCCCUCCCCCCCAAAACGGGGGCUUUGCCACUCAAGUGCCUUAAAUUUAUAUGGGGGGGGUCGGGGGGGCUCCGGCCCAGCCCCCGGCACUGGGGGGGUCUGGGGUGCCCCCCCCGGCACUGGGGGGUCUGGGGUGCCCCCCCAUCCUCAGGGGUGCCCCCCCCAUCCUCAGAGGACUCUGGGGUGUCCCCCCAUCCUCGGGGGGGUCUGGGACCCUUCCCCCCCCACAGUGCUGGGGGGGUCAAACACUACUUGCUCCAGGGUGAGGGGGGUGGGGGGUCCCCCUUCCUGACCCUCUGGGGGUGCAGCCCCCCCGUUUUAUGGGGGGGGGGGGGCACAGCCCCCUCCCUCUUCUGAACCAGUCUGGGGGGGUCUCUCCUUGCACCCCCUCCACGUGGACCUGGGGGGGCACCUGAGCCCCCCCCCGUUUUCCUGCAGCCCCCGGGGUGAGGGGGGGGGACCCUGACCUGGUGUGACCCCCCCCGCCCCUCCCCCAUUACCAGUGGGACCCCCUGAACGGGGAGGGGCUCCCUUCCCCCCCCCCCCACCUACCCCGAGAAAUAAAUUAUUGAACCCAA